AUCAAAAUGAUCUAAAAUUUAUGAAGGAGGAGAAAAAGACUUAUGAUAAUUCUACAAAAUGGGAUGUCAAAAUUCAACCAGCACCUACGCUUGCUAAUGUUUCAUCUUAUAUUUCUAAUAGUGAAGGAAAUGUUUCUCCUGUGAUGCCUCAAACCAAUUUGCAAUUAAGAAAUGAAUCUCCAAAACCUCCUCAAUUAUCUGAGAGUGAAUGCAAAGACUUUCAGUUUAAUGAAGAGUCAGAAUCACAAAAUAAAAGUCAAGAAAAUAGCUGGAGACAACAGAAAGAAGUACCAACUUUAAUCACUGAUGAUCCAGAACCUGAACUACUUCGUGUUUUUGCUAGAAGAUCCAUUAAACAAAAACAUAGUGACAAAGGAAGACCAGGCGAAAAAGAUGAAAAGCUCAUAACAGAUACAUCCUCUGAAGAUUCUUUUCAUUUGCAAGAAGAAAAUACUGAAAUGAUAAGUGUUUGCCAAAACAGCACAGUUAUUAAAAUUUCGGAAGUUUCAAAGCCACAUAUCACUAAACCAGAUUUAAAGAAAAAAUCAAAGUCUUUCUGUGAGAAAGGAAAAGUUACUCCAAGGAGUGUGUCACCCUUGAAAGAAAUUAAUUUGAUACGUAGAGAAUCACCUUUGAAAUUUUCACCUGCAGAUCCUCCUUCUUGCAAUGACACUAUACAUCCAAGACAAAGGCUAGCAAGUGUUCCUGAUGUUCCUUUAAAUUUACCUCCUGAUAAUGAUAAGAAAAACACUCCUAGAAUCUCUCAGACUGAAUCCAGCUCUGAGAUUCAUGCUCCUUCAUCAGUUAAAGAGGAACCUCAGCAAAGAUCAAGCUCUGUUAUUGUUCCAUCACCUACUACAUCAAUGAAUGGAAGCCUUACAAGCACAGGAUUGGUAAAAGAAAAUCAGGAAAUAUUGACAGGCAAAGAGGCCCAUGCGCCUGCUUGGUUACAGCUAGCACAACAACGGCGUGAACUCAGGGAGCAACGAGAAAGACUUCUUUUAGGAGGCUCCCCUAACUCUUUCAUAGAUGCUUCCAAUAAACCAUCAAGGUCAUCAAAAGUAUGGGAUAUGGUCAACAACUUUCAAAAAUUACAGAUGACCUAAAUUGCAAUGGGAAACUUUUGAGAUGCAUAAUAAUGCUGUUUAUUAAGCUCAGUUAUGUAUGAGUGUACAAUUACAAAUGAUUGCAGCUUUUGACUUACAUGUUAUAAAUGUGUUUCUGCAAUUUAAUACAAUGUAAAUGUUUUUGACACGCAGCUAAAAGAUGUGAAAUAUUUCGUCAAAAAAUAUUGUAUGAAGAUUUGUCUGUGCUAAGGCCUAACCUGUGAGAUUAUGAAAACUUACAAAAGGUUAAAGGUUGAUUUUUAUAGUAAAACUGGAAAGAGAUACAAAUAAACCUAGUGAAACUACAUUAUGUAAUACGUUUUCUUAUUUAUGAUAAGUAUCAUAUAUGAAAGAUUUUGCAUGCAGAAUAUUUUAUAAUAAAAUGUACCACAAAUUAAUUUUUUUACAAAUAAAGCUAGAAACUUUGUGGCAUAACAACACAAAAUUUGAUUGUCUAAAAGAAUACAUUCAUUUAAGUCUAUUUCAUAAAAACAUUCAACAUACUGCUUAAGAAUGUGAUGCAUUUUUUAUUGUAAGUUAGCUUCUAAUCUUUCAAAAGAUAGAAAUUGCCCUUACAUAGUUCUCUCUGUCAUACUUUUCUUACUCCCUCAGGGUAUUCUUUAACACAGAUGUAUGCCUUUUUAAAAAUUUCUGAUGUCAUUGAAGUUGUGAAACGAUGUACAAGAAAUUUUACUUCACCACCUUCUGUAGCAGUUUUGGGAUUUUUUCUUAAAGAGGCUACCUUAAAUUUAAUACAUUCUAAACAUUGCUUGUUUCUACACAAAGGGUUCACGUUCACAAAUCAAUUAACAUUUCCUAAACAUGUAAAACUAAUCUUUAAAUUAAAAAAAGUAAUCACUGAAAAUCUUGAUCUAGUUUACGUUUUUGAAUGCAUGUAAAAUGCAAGCAUUGUAAUCAAAAUUCACUGAGAAAUGAAUUAUUAUAAUCCAUUACAUAAUAGUUUUCACUUGAGCAUUUAUCUGUUAUAUAAAGGUGACCAAGAAUUAUUUGUUCCAAAAAUUAUAUGAUGUGCAAUAUUUUCUUAAUGUAAAAUAGUUGUAAUUUAAUAUUUUAAAAGAUUAAAUUUAUAUCUUAAUAUUUUAGUUAAAAAUAAUUAUAAAAGUAGUAUUUUGAAAAUGAGUUGGAAAGCCGUGUAAUAUUUUCAUACUGAAUUCACAGUAAUAUUCUAUAUUGCAUCUGCUUUCUAAAUAUUAUAAUUAUGAGACUAUAUUUUCUACAAGAGUUAUGAAGAGAAGUCUUAAAAAUUAGAAAAUUAUAAAUCUUACUUUUUACAUGAAUUCAGAAUUUGUAUUGUUGCAAAACGAAUUUCGCAUUUUCAGUUUUCAAUAGUUAAUCAUUUUUAAGCAAUGUAUGCAUGUUUCAUUUUAACUUAAAAUUUAUUCCACAAAUAAGUAUUUUUUAAUAAACACCUAUUCCUCAAAUAAAUUUUUUUUUUGAAUUAACAUAUAUUUUUUAUUUGUAUAAUAAAUAAUCGUGAAUAUGCUUUGUUCACCAUUUAUUACUUAUUCAAGACAUUUUAACUGAAUGCAUCUAACCAAAAAUCUGAAUACUGAUCUUUAUUUCUAGGAGGCCGGUACUUUCAGUUUAUGGAUUAAGAAUCCCUCGCUCUCUUUUAAAAUUUCCUUUUGUAAUUGGCAUUUAAUCUAUUUUUUACACUUUAGAAAAUUUCGGAAUUAGCACUCUUAUUAUUUAUAUUAAAGUCUGCACUUCAAGAAAAGCUGUGAUAUUUCACCAAUUGUUAAAAAGGAUAAAACUAGAAGAAAUUUGUCUUUGGUUAUCUUAAGUAAAGUAGCCAAUAUUAAUAAAUAAAUUGUUUAUAGGCCAAAAAUUUACCUAACAUUUAAGGUGACAAAAUUGGAAGCUGAAAGCAUACAAAAUAAGGCUUUGAAUGGUACAUUUCUUUUGUUAAAUAUAGGAUAUCCAUCUUCUAAUUGCCUCUUCCCUCAAAUCCUGAUAUAUAGUAUAUAUUAUUAUAGGUUAAUUAUUGCCUUAAAAUAUUCUCAUAUAAUUUCAUAUUAUUUUACUAAUAAGGUAUAGUGCAUUAUUUUUCAUACAUGACAGACAUUUUUUAAAUUUAUAUUGUCUAUACUACUCUAAAUGCAACUGAUAUUAAUAAUCAUUUGCUUGUAUAAUGCAUUUGGAAUAAUCAUAUUGUGGAUUUGCCGAAAGUAUAUUGUGAUACUCAUAUUUUUUCUGUAUACAUUAAUUCCUAUUUUAGUGCACUUUCAAUUUCAAGUCCUGUUAAAACAGAUUUUAAGAAAUUAGUUAAGGGAAUGUGCUUUAAAAUUUGUUAUGAAGUAUGAUUUGUUUUAAAUUUAACCGGUUAUUAAAUCAUUUGAUGGGAAAAUAUUUUCAAAAUCAUUUUAUAAAAUGCUGUAUUAUUUCUUUCUGUACUUGUUUGCUGAAUGCAUUAAUGGAUGUCAAAAAUUAAGACACUGUUCAUUUAUUUCAUUUAAGAGUCAAAGUUAUUACUAAAAAGAAAAUACUCUUUAAUGCAAAAUGUGUGAAGCUGGUCUUGACUGUCCUAGAAUGUCCUUAAUGCUAAUUAAUGUGUAACAGAUCUUCCUGCUACAUAAUAUGCUUUUAAUUUGUGUCUAUAUUUUAAAAACUUACUAUAUGGUGUCUGCCAUAUUUAUAACAUUAUCAUAAAUCUGAAAUCAACAAAAGCCUGCUUAUGUUCAAGAUAGGUAAAUUUUUACUGUGUUGAAUUUUUGUCUACACACAACGUUUUAAAAUAUAAUUUUGUGUUCUUUACUCUUAAUCUAAUGAAAGGAAAUUAUGAAAUUUUUAAUUACUGAAGAAAAAAAAAAUUCCUUAAUCAUUUAAAUAUUAAGAGAAAAGAAGGCAAAAAUGACCGAAAAUCAAAGAAGAAAAAGUAGUUGAAAUUCCUUAACAUACUACUGGAAAGAAAACUUGUAUCUUAAUAUAUUUGUCAGAUAAGGAUUCUUCCUUUAAGUGCAGUUUUUACUGUGUUAGUUAGUCAGUUAAGGCACAGCAUGCAUGGUCUAUCUAUAUAAGAGAAGACAUGUCUUUGUAGAGCAUUUUCUGAAUGAAACUGACUCAUAUUUAUAUUACAUAUCUGAAAGAGCAUGAAAAUACUCAUGAAGCCAUCUCAUUCUCUAUUAUUGCAUAAUACCAUCUUCAUAACAUCUGCAUUUGACGUAGCUGGUAAAAUCCAACAUUCGUUUGGAAUUAAAUCCAUAUGAAAUAACUUAGUGCAUUUCGUGAGCAAAAUCAAAUAUUUAACUAUAUUUAAGUUGGGUAUUUAAAAUCAAUGCUAAAUAAAUGUUUUAUCUAUGACUAAACUUGAAGCUGAUGUGUGUCUUUUGGGAUGUGUAAAAUAAAAUUUUCGACAUCACUUUUAAUGCUUCUUAACAUUUAAAUCUUUAAAAGAAAAGAAAGAAAAUAGGUGAUGUUUCUCAGUAUGAAGGCUGUGCUAGAUUUAUCUUCAUAAUAUCAUUUUCAAGUGAACUAUCUUCACGUUUUCUCCAAAUGCCUUUUUUUUUUUUAAGAUGUCAUAAAUAUAAAAUUUUUCUUCCUAUAAUUAAUUCCUUUUUCAAAUCCCCUCCCACAGAAAACAGACAUGAUACAACAUCAGGAUCAUUUGGCAUUAAUUGCUGAAGCUUUAUGAAGAGAACUAUCUAAUAUUUGCAGAAUUUCAAAGUAUUUUUAGGUAUGGAAAAACGCACAUUUUUAUGUAAAACUGCAUCCCCCAAUCAGUUACAUAAUGAGAAUAUCAUGUUUCCGAAAAGGUUUUAAAAUUUUCUGCAUAAAGUGUUCUGAAUUAAUUUUAGUUCCUUACUCCACAUAUGCAAAAAUCCCAGUCUAAGUGUUAACAGCAUUAGGAGUAACCAUUGAUGAAAUUAAAUCUAGUCUUCAUUGACGCCAACUAAUACACUAAAUGUCUGAUUUUGCUUUGGGGCUUGAAUCUUAAAAAGAGAUCCAAACCUAAUUUAUUGUUAGGAAUUAUAAUUUUCAGAAAAGCUUGUACAAAGGUCAUAAAUGCUACUCAAUCACUUUUACGAAUUUUUCACUUGGAUAAUCAUAUCCAAAUUUUUUACGGUAUCCUUCCAUCAGUAUAUAUUUAUUUCUGGAAGAAGGAAAAAAAAUGAAAGAUAUGUUGGCUACUUGAAACCUAUGAGUUAGUUGUUACAUUUUUUGACUAAGCUCUGAAGCAGUUCGCCUUUGCAUCAUAACCAUACACCUAACUUUACAUCACAUCACAUCACAUCAUAGCAUAACUUUUAAUUUGUUAAUCUGCUUUUUUCUUAAAAUCUAUCUUGACAUAAAAUCUCACUUUUCCAUUCAAAGUAUCUUUAUUGAUGAAUGUAAAAAAUGUGCUAAAUUUUCCUUGCUCAGAGUGACAGAUAAAUAAGCAAGUAUGAAAAUAAUUUGCAAUCAUGUAUUUGAAAUAUUAUUUUGUUAAAGUAUGGUUACUUGACUUUAAAUUUCUUAAAGUAAGAUAUUUUAGAUAUUGAAAAUGGAUGCAUAAAAUUUACCAGUGCUGAAAUUGAAAGUGAAUACUUCCAGACUUGAAAUUAAACCAGACUUGACACCAUUAAAAAUAGGGAUGGUUUUAAUCUUCUUUCAGUCUUUGUACCUUUACUUCUAUGUUUUUGUGAUGAGUAUCUUAUUUUAACUGAUAUCACAUUAAAAACAGUUCACUUUAUUUAUCACCGACUGAUAUUAAAUACAUUUUUAUUAAAUAUACGGAUGCUUCAUAUGUGGAGGCUUGCCUGCACAACAACAAAAAUCAUUAUAAUAAUUAUGGGAUAUGUGCAUUGAUUUCUGAUAAUUUCAUUUCAGCGAUUAUGCAAAACAAUAUUUAUACGUUAUGUGUCGCCAAGGAUACUUAUAAUACGCCAAGCAUUAGGUACCAUGAAGAGAUAUUCUUUAUGUAUUUCAGUUUGAAAUAAAGUUUCAAACUUUAAUAUUAAAAGACAUUGAAUGUUAUUCAAAACUAUGAUAUUUGCAUGCUAUAUAUGUAGAGUUUAUUUUAUUACUACAGCAUUAAAUUUUACCCAUUUUCAUUGUAAUUUUUUUUUGUUACUAAACAGAAAUAUGUUCUCGAAAUAAUUUUACUCUAAUUAAAAUAGAAGCCAUAAUGAACAUAAUUUCUAUAACACUAAGUUAGGAGCUACAUAUGAUUGCAAGCAUUUUAUUUGUAAUUGUUUUCUACCACGAAAUGUAUGUCUAUUAUACCUAUUAUUUUUAAUUAUAAUGUUUGUAGUCUCAUUCUCAUAAUAUACUAUUUUCAGCAGGAAAGCAAUGCAUUAAUCCAUCUAAGCUAAAUGAAAGUUUACAGUUUAUGACUUUAAAUAUGUGACAAUUAUGCAAUAUUUUAGAACAGCAAAGUGACAGCUAAUAAAUGUAUUCCAGGAUUAAUGUCUAAAUUCAAAAUAUGUAGCAUAUACUUUUGUGUCCUUUACACAAGUCUUCAUAAAUUGUAAUAAAAGUCAGCAAUUUUUUCAAUGUAUUUAUGAAAACUAAACAUGUAAAUAUGUGUUAAUGUUGUAAUUAAAUUAGAAAUAUACGUAGAUUUUUUUAGUGAUAUUUGUAUACUCCAUUGCACAAAAUAAUUUUACAUUAUUGAACAUUUCAUCAAUUGAACAUACAUUUCAUCUAAUAUUAAAGUCAUUGGAAGCAAUUUUUGUGAAAUACAAUACAUUGUUAAGCCCCAAAAUUUUUAUUUUAUAAAAUAAAACGAAUGUCAAAGCUAAGAUAAUGCUUAAAGCCAAAAAAAGGAAAAAAGAAAGAAAAAAUUAUUUCUUUGAAACAAAUAUUCUAGCAUUAAAUUCUACAGAUUUUAACAACAUUUGAUUUACAUAUAUUUUUUGGUUUAUUUGGUUAUUUUUAGAUUUCUGCAAAGUACAUAUAUGUAUGUCUGUUUUGUCAAGGAAAGUCAAUAAAAUGUAGCUUCGAUAUUUUCACUAGUUCAUUUACAAAUGAAAAAGUAGGUUGUUUUUAAAUUUAUGCAAUAGUAUUAAAUUUUAUGAUAAGCUCAUGAUGAGGCAUUCAUAAAUUGUUUGCUUUAAAAAUUCAUUGUUGAAAUAUCAGAAAUAAAAAAUUAGAUUAGUGUGAUGUAAUACAUUGGUCAUUUUUCUGCAAACAAAGUUUAAAUAUUUUAUAAAUGAAAGCAAAGAUAGCUUUAAUAUUGGAUAUUUUCAGCAAUUGUGUCAUUGUUUUCUAGAGAAGAAAAUAUAGAAAUUUAUGGAAUCAAACAUAUGUAACCUAACAAAUACAAGUCACUUGAUUGCUAACAUUUAUUUUUAUAGGAACUUUGCAGGUUAUGCCUUUAAUGUGGGUCCAUCAUUUCUUGCUUAUAACUGUGUAUAUAUAACAUCGCACUAAAGUAAAAUUCUAAGUGUGAAGUUGGUCACUUUUACAACUGCGUGUAUUUAAAAGAUGGUAUUUUAGUAAUUUCAUAAGUUAGUGUAGAUGCAAUAGCAUAAAAGCGAAGAUAUGUUAAAGCACAAAAAAGAUUGUGUAAAAGAAAAUCCUUUGUAUCUGUUUGCUUAUGUACUCUCUCUUAUUGCCAAAAAUUUUUAAUUAGAUUUUCAUGCUAUUAACUGUGGAGAGUGUGUGCAAUUUCUUUUUAUUGUUCAUAAAGUAUAUUUCAGUGUGUUAUAGUGAGUCAUUUAGAGUAAAUGAUCUAUUACAUUCAUGUAUAAAAUAUGUUAUAUUUUGCAUGUACAGAUAUUUUUUUCACUUACUGAAUAUUUCGAAAGUAUGAUCAAAGGUUAACUCAUCAUUACUGUUCUUUUUACAAUUGGAAAAUGUCAGAAUAUUUGUCAAAAUUUUUAGUAAAUGAAUAAAAAUUUAUAACUUUUUAA